AUGUUAUCUUAUAUUCGAGACAAGAGUAAUCAAAUUACUUCAAAAUUCAACCAUUUCUAUUUUAUACCUCUCUUUGGGUUAAUAUGUUGGUACACCCUUCUCUUUGCACUUGUGGGUCUUUGGGUCUCUAAGGGAUCUCCAUCAUAUCCAGACUUUGGUGAACCAGAGACUCCAAUCCCAUUGGAAAGAGUUGGGGUCAUAAUGCUACCAGGCUUUUUCAUUACUUUUAUUGUAAUUCAUUCUAUUUGCUUUUGUUCUUCGAUGUAUUUGGAAUUCUACCAUCGUAAGAUUGGUAAAUUGAUCAAGUUCAUCAAACCAACUUUACAAAAGAGAUUAGCCUAUGCUUCUAUCACAAUUGGUAUAUUUGCCCAAUUAUUUUUCAUUGCCCAAGCAAUUGUCAACACAGUUUAUUUGCACCGUCGGGAAAGAGCAGCUUCCCAUUAUGCCGUGCUACUUGCCAUUUUUGGUAUUUUGGUUAUGAUUUCAUUAGCUUUAAAUUUUACAAAUUAUUAUAUUAUGGGACAAUAUUAUCGUCAAUAUGUUAACGGAGAAAGAUGGAAUAAGUUUACCAUUUCAUUUGUGGUUAAAAUUUGUUGGUUAUUUGUAACCUUACUGUUGGCAGUCACUACUGCUGUAAUCUACAUCAAGGGGAAUCAUAGAGUUUCAUCAUUUUUAGAAUGGGCCUUCCAUUUCUGGUAUGGAUUAUUAUUAGCCUUUUGGACUUAUGAUCUUUAUCCAUUAACCGAACUUCGUGCACUUCGAAACCCAGCUCGUCGCAGUUCUUCACAAGAUGGAAUUUUAUCGAAAAUUGGAUUGAAGAAAAAGAAGGAAUCGCCUACAUCGAUUGUUAAUAUCCAUUCAUCUGGUAGCUCAGAUUCGCAAAUCUUCACUUAUGAGCAUAAAUUUCCUGAAGUAUAA